AUGUAUUUAUUGGUUUAUCCUCACAAACCUUUAGUCAAAACCAAAACACUCGAAUUAUCCAAUUUUGAAAAAUUACCAGCUGGUCAAAAUGCUAUUGUUGCUGUAAUGUCUUUUAGUGGUUAUGACAUUGAGGAUGCAUUAGUUUUAAAUAAAGCUUCUCUUGAUAGAGGAUUUGGCCGUUGUAUGGUUUAUCGUUUUGCUAAAGGAAAUGCUCGAAAAUAUCCAAAUCAAACUUAUGACAAAUUUAUGGGUCCUUCACUAGAUGCUGUAAGCAGAAAACCAAUUUUCAGACAUUCAGUUCUAGAUAAUGAAGGAAUUGUUUUUACUGGUGCAAAAGUUAUGCCAAGACAGGUUCUAAUUAACAAAUAUAUGCCUGUAGUUCAAAGCGACACAAUACCUACGGCAGGCGCUACUGGUUUCAACCAUAAUUUUGAGACUAAAGAUGUAUCAAUCCAAUAUCGUGGAAGUAUGAAUGCAGUUAUUGAAAGAGUUCUUUUGACAUGUAACGAAGAAGAACAAUAUUUAGUUAAAGUAUUGAUUGCCCAAUGCAGAAGACCAGAAUUGGGUGAUAAAUUUAGCAGUCGACACGGUCAAAAGGGAGUCUGUGGACUUAUUUCACCACAACAAGACAUGCCUUUUGAUCAGAAUGGAACUGUCCCAGAUCUAAUUAUGAAUCCUCAUGGUUAUCCAAGUCGUAUGACUGUUGGUAAAUUAAUGGAAUUAUUAAGUGGAAAGAAUGCUUUAAUGGGAGAGCCACGUCAAUGGCGUUUACAUUAUGGAACAGCUUUUGGUGGUGAUGAUGUAAAAUCUGUAAGCCAAAACCUUGCAAAUUUUGGUUAUAAUUUUCUUGGAAAAGAUAUGUUAACAUCUGGAAUUACUGGUCAACAAAUGUCUGCAUAUAUCUAUUUUGGACCAAUUUAUUAUCAAAAAUUAAAGCAUAUGGUGAUAGAUAAAAUGCAUGCUAGAUCGAAAGGACCAAGAGCAGUUCUUACAAGACAACCAACUGAAGGAAGGGCGAGAGAAGGCGGUUUACGACUUGGUGAAAUGGAACGCGAUUGUUUAAUUGCUUAUGGAUCUUCAAUGUUAUUAACUGAAAGAUUAAUGGUUUCUUCAGAUCAAUUUGCGGUCGAAGUUUGUACAGAAUGUGGAUUAAUGGGCUAUGAUGGUUGGUGUCAAUACUGCAAGAAAUCUUCAGCUUCUAUGGCUAAAAUUAAAAUUCCAUAUGCAUGUAAAUUACUAUUUCAAGAGCUUCAAAGUAUGAAUAUUGUGCCUCGUCUUCAAACAGCUAAAUACACGGAUGUAAUACAAACAUAG